GGAGUAGUUUACGACCCCGCCCUCGGAAAGUGAUAAUUUGAAGUUGAUGACUUGAGGAGCGCCAACUGGCAAACAUUCCGUGUACAUAAGAAUAUCCGAGCUGAAUCUCAAGACUACCUCAACUCUCCCCUCUUCCCCGAAUCCGUGGAACUUUUAGGCAGCAAAGCAAGCCGCCUCGGGACAACUUUAUGUGUUGGAAACUUUGGAAGUCGACAUCAAUACCAAAACAACCUGCUUACCUCCCCUGGCUGGACCGGAGGCACCCAUCUACAGAAAGUGGCAACAUUCCGAAAGCGAGCUCCUGACUAAACACAUAAACAAACAAACAGUGCCAGUGCCUUGCAGAAAGCGCAAGCGACAACCUCCUACUUAUCGAUCCAGCAAACCUAGGUACCUUCACAUCUAGGGAAACACCACCCCGCCUAGAUUGUAACCAUGGCCUCCCGUCGCCAACUCUCUGAACCCUUUGCCUACGACUCCUUGAGUGACGAAGAUCUCGACCUCAUCAACUCACAGGCUACAGACGAGGGCAUCAGCAUGUCAUCUUCACAACAAGACCUUUCCUUUGCCAGUAGCAAGGGCAGCAAUGGCACGCCCAAAGGGAAGAACAACAACAACAAGAACACGUCCUCAUCCCGCAUCUUCAGCGGAGACGCAGAUGUUGUUGACUUGACGGCUAGCAGCCCUACUACACCGAGCCAUCCUUCCUCCGACAAAGGGCAACAGUUUCAUGGUGGAGGAAUGACCGUCCACGGCCUCGGUCAGGAUCAUGCCUUCACACCCAUUCCCAAGUUCGGCCAGCCCACACAGCUAGUAUCUCAGUUCACGCCCGUUAACACCAGCAACAACACCAAGAACGCUGCCAGCCAUCACGGCAAUGGUAGCCGCGGCGGCACCAGCAGCCACGCCAUCGGCGGAUCCAAGUACAACAACCUCUUCAACGACAGGGGCAAGAACCGACCCGAGUUUCACAAGGACUUGUACAGAUCUAGCGGACCUCUCAAGGCCAAUGCCCCGCCAAAGCCGUCGACGGAAAUCAAGAGGAACAGCAUGGGCAUGCAGCUGUUCAGCUCGCUGGAUGUGGAUCCGGCACCGGCACCGUCGCCGUUACAGCCGGGUAGGGGAACGGCUUCGAGGGGGACUGCGGCCGCGUUUGGAGAGAAUGUGUUUUACACUGAUCCCGACAAAGCGAAGGAGGAUCUGAAGGCGCUGUUGGAGGGUGGACUGGAUGAUGAGGAGAGUGAGGACGAGGGAGCCAAGGCAAAGACGAAGGGUGCGGUGUCAGAGUCCAAGAAGAAGGAGGAGUCGAUUGUUUCUUCUACUGGGCAUCUACCUGGUCUGGCUGUUCCCUUGCUGCCGCAUCAGGUUGAGGGUGUCAGAUGGAUGAUUAACCGCGAGCUUGGCCCUUUGAAGCGUGGCCGUGUUCCCAAGGGUGGACUUCUCGCAGAUGAUAUGGGUUUGGGCAAAACAUUGCAGUCUAUUUCCUUGAUCAUUGGCAACCGAAAACCCGAAUCGUCCUCCGCCCCAGGCUGGAAAGCCCACUUCAAAGACAUCAGCAAGGCCACACUUGUCGUUGCGCCACUGGCUCUCAUCCGACAAUGGGAGGCCGAACUGAAGGAUCGCGUCAUGCCCGACUUGAACAUCAAAGUAUGUGUUCACCACGGCCCAAAGCGAUCUACAGUUCCCGCCGAGCUCGCCAAAUAUGAUGUGGUCAUCACUACCUACCAGAUUCUGGUGUCAGAGCACGACAAGUCUCACCCCGACCCAAACAAGGGCGCCCAAGCGGGAUGUUUCGGCGUACACUGGUUCCGCGUCAUUCUCGACGAGGCCCAUAGCAUCAAGAACCGCAAUACCAAAGCCGCCAAGGCAUGCUGUGCCUUGCGCUCCGAAUACCGCUGGUGCCUCACGGGCACGCCGAUGCAGAACAAUCUUGACGAGCUCCAGUCCCUCAUUCAUUUCCUGCGCAUCGCGCCUUACGAUAACCUAGCCGAGUGGCGAGCCCAGAUCGACACGCCCAUGAAGCAAGGCAAGGGCCACAUUGCGAUCCAACGCCUGCACAGCAUCCUCCGCUGCUUCAUGAAACGCCGCACCAAGGAAGUUCUCACCGAGAAGGGCGCCCUUGUAGCCGGCGGCAAAGAAGCAUUGGCCAAGGCCGAAGAGAAUGGCGAAAAGGCGCCUGAAGCGGCUUUCAAAGUCACGGAGCGUAAAGUAGUAACCAUCGAGACGGAGUUCAGCCCCGCCGAAAGUGCCUUCUACAAGGCCUUGGAGGAGCGUGCCGACCAGAGUCUCGAGAAAAUGAUGAAGGGCCGCACGGUCAACUACGCCAACGCGCUCGUGCUGCUGUUGCGGCUGAGGCAGGCUUGCAAUCACCCUAGGCUGGCGCAGACAAAGCUUGACAAGGACCGGGAUGCGUUGGCGGUGGACUCGGCGACUGCGCCGACGCCUGGUGGCAAAAAGAAGAAGAACGCCUAUGAUUCGCAAAGUCAGACCAGUAGUGUGGAUGACUUGGCUGAUAUGAUGGGCGGGAUGGGCAUCCAGGCGAGGCAGUGUGACAUGUGUCUGGGGGAGAUGACGAAGAAGGAGAUUCAGGAGGGGCAGGUGAGAUGUCAAGGGUGUGAAGAUAGUUUGAGCCAGUUGAUGAAGGAGCAGGAGGGUACGCAGGGGAGCGUGGAGAGCAAGGAGAGCAAGAAGCACAAAAAGAAGAAGGUGAGUGUGGUGAAGGAGAAGGUAAAGGUUGAGAGGAAGACCAGAGGAAGGGGUAGGAAAGUUGUGGUGGACAGUGAUGAUGAGGAAGAGGGGGAAGAGUGGGAAGACGAGGAGGAGACACCUAAGAAGGACAAAAAAUCUCGUGAUAACAGGAAGCGAGUCAUCGAUAGUGACGAUGAAGAGGAUGAAGGCACCUGGCUCGUGGGCGAAUCACAGAGAAGCGCACUCGACCUUGGUGUUGCUGGCGGCACAGAGGACGAGAACGCCGAGGGCACCGGCGAGGACAUCGACUCCAACGAAGAGAUCUCUGAAGACUCAGAGGACCCAGAAGAGGACAGCUUCGUCGUCAAAGAUAGUGACGAUGACGACGAUGACGACGACGAAAGCGUCAACUCAGACGAAAUAGUCGGCUCCGGCGACGAAGAUGAUACCUUCGCCUCGGUCUCCAAGCUCAGCUCGCAAGUCGUCAAGCAAUCCGAAUCCGAGGAAUCAGAAACCGCCGCCUCCUCCUCUGAAGACUCUGCCAUCUCGGACUCAGAACUCGAACACUCCUCCGAAACCGACUCCGAAGCCGAAUACGGCAUCAAGCGCACCCCCAAAGGUCCCGUGCAAAUCUCCUCCAAGAUCCACGAGCUCAUCGCCAUCCUCCGCCGCGAAGCCCCCACCCACAAGUUCAUCGUCUUCUCCCAGUUCACUUCGAUGCUCGACCUCGUCGAGCCCUUUUUGAGGCAUCACUUACCGGACAUCAAGCACGUCCGCUACGACGGCAAAAUGCCCAACGACGCCCGCGAAGCGUCUCUGCAUUCCCUGCGCAAAGACCCGCGCACUCGUAUCCUGCUGUGCUCGCUCAAGUGCGGAUCCUUGGGACUCAACCUGACGGCCGCGACGAGGGUGAUUAUCGUCGAACCCUUUUGGAACCCCUUUGUCGAGGAGCAGGCGAUCGAUCGCGUGCACCGGCUGACGCAGACGGUCGAUGUGGUUGUCUAUAAGUUGACGGUGAGAGGGACGGUGGAGGCGAGGAUCCUGGAGCUGCAGGAGAAGAAGAGAUUGUUGGCGCAGACGGCGGUCGAAGGGUCGACGGAGAGAGGGAACAAGAAGAAGAAGGGCCAGGGAUUGAAGUUGGGGUUGCAGGAGAUUUUGGACUUGUUCAAACAUGAUGGUAGUGGUAGUGGUGGUGGUAGGGCUGCUGUCUAUGGUGCUGAUCAUGGUGGGUCUGGAAACGGUGAGGAGAAUGCUGCUGCUGCUGCUGCUGCGGGGAGGACGCCGGCGAGGAGGACUGUUGGUGCGGCGGCUAAUCAUACGGGGGCGAGGAGGGAGCAUGAGGUUUUUGGGCGGAGGUGGUGAGAUGGACAGGAGCAAUGGGCUUAUAGAUGAGGUUAUGAUACAUGAUGAAUGGCUGGGCUUCGGUAUGCUUGGUUUGGUCUGGAACUUGUCUGGGUAUAGGUACAGGAUGUUAGCAUGUUAUGUUUAUGAACAACUCUGUUUGAGACUUGUCAUUUCUUAGCAAGUCCUGAGGCUAGAACGAGCUGGAUAAGGUUUGGCGUAAUUAUUGCUGUUAGGUAGUUACCCAAUUCAAACUAUAUCAUGAUGACUGUCG